AAAUGUAAUAUUAUUUAAUAAGGAAUUAUUGAAAUGUAAAUUUUCAUUCUUGUCAGUGUAUUAUUUUAAGCCUACUUAUGUAAUCAAUAAUCUGAAAUAAUAUUAUAAUUACCCUAUGUUUGCAAUUUUAUCUCAAUUAAAUGGAAAUAGAUAAAAGUAUUAUAGUUGCUAUUGGUGCUUCUUUUUUAAUUUAUAACAUUAUAACAUGAUGGUUUCGAAUUUGCAACUACAGGAAAAGUAUAACAAAAUUAGAAAAAACUUCUGCUUUUAUUUGGACAUACAAGAACCUAGUUUAUCUAGAUCUAUUUCGCGAAGGCUACAAGACAUGGGUUUGCGCGAGGAGGUCUUCCUUACAUCUCGAGUGACACACGUUGUGGGAGCGCGUCCUGAAACAGUCGCGCGAUGUGCGCGGCGUGAGGGCCGCGCGCGCGCCGAUGCCAUGCUCCAGCGGCUCCGCCAGCCGCCCCCGCCCCAACACCACAACUACGUACAUCUUACCGUUCAGAAGGCUAUAAGUCUAUUGGAUAAACUGUAUGACACAUUCUUCACGGCACCGCGUAAAGCGCAUGUCAACCUCUUCAGUAAACAUUUUAUCAAGAUUGAGUUUUUGGACAAAUUAUGCAGACCUGUUUACAAGGAGUUUGAUGAAUGGCCCCAAAUAUCUCUAGAGCCUGACCCACCAAAAGAGAAGAAGGAUAAAAAGGACACUCCAGAAAACUUAGUUAACGCAAUUCCAUCUAAUAAUAACAUACAAAAAAUGACUAGAAAAAGCCGCCCGCGUAUCAAAGAGAGAGAAGAAAAAGAACAAAAAGGUGGUUAUUGUGAAAUGUGUAACGCUGACUAUGUCGAUGCCGCCAUUCAUCGACGAUCACCUCAUCAUUUAGCUUUCGUUAGAGAUCAUACGAAUUUUCUGGCUCUCGAUUCAUUGAUAACCUCAGGAACAGAUGUUACCACCUUCUUAGAUAAGACAAUGCCAGUUAAUGGAGAAAGACGAUCUCUACGCAAGCUAUGCAAUGGUGAUGUUGAGCCUAAGAGUAAAAGAUCAAAAAGAUCACAGUCACCAGACACUAUUAAUGGUAAUGUCAGCCCAAGAAGAAAUGGUGGUUUGGAUGAUGAAAAAAAGCAUAAUACGAGAUGCAGUAAGAGAACAAGUGAAUCACAACCAUCAGAAGAUCGUCAGUAUUAUAAAGUAGUUGGAGUGAGUACAAAACUCCGUUCAAGCGGUGGUUUCGCUAUCAAAAAGAAGGAUUCGCCUCCAACUUGUAACGGAACAAAACCACUAGUAGUCAAGUUUCGGAAAGUGCGUCGAUCGGAAUUGUCUGUAUUAAGCGAUGAAGCCGAACAAUUUAUGUUUCCGAAACGUGCUAGCUCUACUAGCUCUACCUCAUCUGAUGAAGAAGAUAAAGUGGAAGCAAUAAAAACUCGGAGAAAAACGCCGCCAAAACCACCGCCUCCAAUUGAGAGGCAGCGUUUAGCAAGACCCGUGGCAUUAAAAGAGGAAUCUUCAGAGGAAGACAGUUGGCCUGAGGACAAAAGAAGACGGAAACGGCGAGUUCCUGCAGUAGCUAAACGAGGCAAAAGAGUUGCUGGUAGACCACCUGUAGUUGAAUCUCAAAAAAAAUCCCCAGAGCCAGUAGAGCCUGCAAAACCAGUGGAACAGCCUCAACCGGAGCCUGAAAUCAGUCCGUUGAGGGAAGAACCUUCGGAAAGAUGCAUGAAAUGGGAAGAUGGAAAACUAAAGUACACUCCUGCAGUAGAACAGUUGGAAUUUGCUUUUGAAUCAGUUCCACAUAGCGAGCCCUGGUUCGAAACAUUUAAACGUCAAGAUCAAGACAAACUUGUUGCAAGAAAUGUGCCUCAGUAUUUUGAAUUGUAUUCUAAGUCACCAAAGUUACCCUAUGAAAUUGGCCAGUUACCACCUUUAAAACCCAAUUGCUGUCCUUUGAGUGACUUUGUUAAAAGAGAAGAAAAACCUGGACCAUCUCGAUCUUAUGGUACCCGUGGAAUGAAGAAGCAACGAAUAAAGAAAAGAACAGCUGCACUUCUUGCAUUAGAGGGCCAUCCACGAAAGUCUCCAAGAGAACAUGCAUCUACAUUAGCUAUACUUGGCUCUGCAGGUUUAUUGCAGACACGAAAGCAUGCAGAUGAUACAAAGUCAACAGCAUCAGAAGACACAGUUAGUGAUACUCAGAGUAAUAUGAAAGUUGAACCUGUCUUAUCUGAAACCCAAGAAGCCUCCGAGCGACUUCAACAAUUCCUGUCUGAAGUAUUUGAAGAACCCACAGACUAUGAAAUAUCUUAUGAUUUGGCAGGUGAUGAAACAGCUGUCAUAGCAUCAAAAAAUCUCCCUGAUGUUUCAAGCCUUGUAUCAGAAUGUGAUGAUUGUGACAUUAUAAGGAAUGAGAUUAAACAAGGUGCUACUGGCUGCAUGCGAGGUAGACGAGGCAAGUUCAAAAAGAAGAACCGAACUGGGUGGCCUAAUAAAAAGAAACAAACCAAAAAAGACUCCCGAACUAGCAGUAUGGAACUUGAACAGAAGGCAGAUAGUAGUCUAGACAGGUCAUCGGUGGAGCUUCCUGAUGAUGACACAACACAGGACACACUAAGCGAAGAAAAUAAUACUUUAUCAGAAUCAGAUGAAAAAACAUUGACUAAUGAAAAGUUAAAGAUUAGUUUUGAGCCGCAUAAAAGUGAAACCCCAAAGAAGGAUAUUAACAAUAUUACCUUAGAACUAAAAGAAAAAGUCACUCCUAUGGAAGUAAACCACAAUGACAAAAUACAAAAAGAAGACAGAUUACAUUUAGAUUUAAAGGUUGUAUUACAUGAUAAAAUUAACCAUAAGUCUCCCACAAAACGGGACACUGAAAAAGACGAGAAAGGUGCAAAUCGUUCAUCUGCAUCAGAUGCUGAGGAUAGAGAUGAAAAAGCAAAGAAAAAGAAACGUGUUCUGCAGGGUUUAUUGUUACAGCCGAUAGUGAGAGUAGCGCGAGUGGAUCCAAAUGCCGGCCGGAGACUGCGUUCGGCCGGACGGGCUCGGACAAACCGAUUCAGAUAGCGCGCGGCCAAGCUGACUCGAAUCAGUGGAUAAAGAGACUCAACUCGGUUUUAAUUAAAAUCCAUGGACAAAGUGGCGUUUUAGAUCGAUGAACAUUAUAGAUACGUUCACAUUAUUGCUUCCUAAUAUUUUGGAAUACCUAUCAAUGUGAAUAUUCUCAAUAAUUAAAAACAAUUGACUGCUCUAGCUAAUAUACCAACAUUUUUAUAAAAUGUUGAAAGAUUAAAUUUGUUAUUUGAGAUUAUUUGCACAAAUGUUAUAUAUGUUGAUAAAUCACACUUAGCAAUAGAUGUGAAUAAAACUACAAUAUUUUUAGCCAAUGUGUAAAACAUGGGUACAAAUAUUGUAUAGUAGUGCGACAUACAAAACCUGCAGAUAAAUCCUGUUAGUAAUUAAUCUUUCCAUAUACAAAUGAUGUUGUCCAUAUAAUUUAUUUAUCAUUUCGAAUAGAAGAGUAGCUGACUGUUUUGUAAUUAGUUUAUUUAAUAACAAUUUUUCAAAAGAAAAUGAAUUUACUAUGAAGUUACAUUAGAGGCUCUUUUUUGAGUUAAAUUGAAGUUUCUUUUUUUUUG